AAUCCCGAUUCCCGGGAGGAAGAGAUUGUUUGUUUACUUUGAGUAUAGAAAAAAUGUUUUGCUUCCCCUUUCGUUAAUUGUUCAAGGCCUUAGCUUAGAUUAAGAGGUUGGAGAUAUGAGUUCAAAGCCUAAACCCAGGGUUAUUCUACGGCAGAAGUCGCUAAUAGUUCCCGAAGUUCAUAACCCAUUCACCUACCGUCUUCGCCUCUCUACUUGGGACAAAAUUAAGGUUGCCAUAUGUACAAUCACCUUGUUUCCCCUGCGGCUCAUUUGUGCAGUGCUUCUGCUGCUGUUUGCUACUCUGUUUGCUUCCCUGGCCACUAUUUGUAUGAAAGAGCAGGACCUGGCAGAGCCCCUCGUUGGCUUUCGAAGGAUAUUAAAAGCCUACCCUCUGAGAUGGUGUGUAAGAGGAAUACUCUUCUGCUUGGGAUUUCACUGGGUUAAAGUGCGAGGGACGCUGAAGCCGCCUGAGGAAGCACCGAUCUUGGCUGUUGCCCCACACUCCACUUUUAUUGACGCCCUGGCCCUGGCUGUUAUCGGAACACCCUCUGGUGUUUCAAGGAAAGAGAAUGACAAGAUUCCUAUCAUAGGAUCCGUUAUCGGCACUCUCCAACCUAUUUAUGUUGCAAGGACUGAUCCAAAUUCAAGGCAAAACACAAUCAGCGAAAUCAAGAAGCGGGCAUUAUCUCAUGGCAAAUGGCCACAUCUUUGCAUCUUCCCAGAAGGAACCUGUACCAAUAGACAAUGUCUGAUCACCUUCAAGCCUGGUGCUUUUUAUGCUGGUUCCCCAGUUCAGCCAAUCAUUUUAAAGUAUCCAAAUCAUCUGGAUACUGUGACCUGGACUUGGUCCGGACCAGGAGCUUUGAAGUUGUUAUGGCUUACAAUGUGCCAGUUUCAUAACUUCUUAGAGAUUGAGAUCUUGCCAGUGUAUUACCCGUGUACGGAAGAGAUCAAUGAUGCUAAGCUGUUCGCCCGUAAUGUCAGGAUGCAGAUGUCGAGCGCGUUGGGUGUGCCUAUGACCGAGCACACGUUUGAGGACACAAGACUAAUGCUUGAGGCCACGCACAAGAAGCUGCCGGCUUCUACAGGACUCGUGGAGUAUCAAAAGCUCAGCAGCAAACUGAGUGUACGCGUGGAUAGUAUGAAGCAACUCCUUCAUCGAUUCGCCAAGAUCGACACAAAUGCUGAUGGUUUAGUAGACAUACAAGAGUUCGCGGCUUUCCUCAAUCUACCUAUCACAGCUGAAGUCGAAGAACUCUUCAACCUAUACGACAGGGACGAGUCUGGAUUCAUUGAUUUUCGCGAGUACCUUAUCGGCAUGGCAUUGAUUGCCAAACCCGCGAAUAACGACGAGGCCAUCAAACUGGCAUUUGAGGUGUUUGACGUUAACAAAGAUGGUCAUGUGACCUGCUUGGAAUUGACCCACAUUCUGCAGAGUGCCUAUCCGAGUAUGAGGGAGUUGGACAUCAAUUGCUUGUUCAAGCGAGUGGAUACCAGUAACAAGGGCUAUGUAACUUAUGAGGAGUUUCGUCAAUUCGCGCAUGCGCAUCCUGAAUACGCACCCAUCUUCACCAACUACAAGAAGGCCAGCGAGCCGAGCGAGGAGCCUGGAACGAGUGAUGACGUCACAGAGGGCGCUACUGUGGAGACGGUUGCUUGAUUCUAAGUAUUUCCAUACAACGCAUCUAAAGGAUGGAGCCGUUUUUCCUGUAGGGUGCAUUGGAUAAAUUUCAUAUUGAUACAAGGGGAUUUAUUUCGCUUCUGAAAUGUGCUUAUCUUAUUAAUCUUAUUUGGAUUGAUUUUUUGCGGCAUUAAGUCUUUACACAGUUCGUCACACGUGCGUUCAAAGGAAAAUCAGAACUGUGCUGUACUUCCCUCUUAGUAAGAACAAACCUUGAUAACGAACGGGAAAUGGUGGUCAUGAAUAGGCCUAAUUCAGUCUAAUUCAGGCUGAACCAGUCGAAUUACUCAACCAUUGUCAUGGGACAAAGGUCACGUGAGGUUACCUGUCGUAUUUAUCUAUAGACAAGGGUCACGUGUCAUAUUGUCACGGCAAUGGUUACUUGAGGCCACGUGUUGUAUUGUCACGGGCAAAGGUCAUACGAGGCCACGCGUUGUUUAUCGAUGAACAAAGGUCACGUCUCGUAUUAGCGAUGGACAAAGGUCACGUGUCGUAUUGUCGAUGAACAAAGGUCACGUGUCGUAUUAGCAUUGGACAAAGGUCACGUGUCGUAUUGUCGAUGAACAAAGGUCACGUGUCGUAUUGUCACGUGCAAAGAUCACUUUUUGUAUUGUAGAUGGACAAAGGUCACUUGUUGUAUUGUCACGGGUUGAGGUACGUUAUGUCAUGCGAUAAAAGUGUCGUAACCUAGCUUAGCUCAUUUUCUGGGACCCAGGACUUCACGGUCAUUUGCGGCCGUGUGAUAAUGGGCUGUACACUGAACCUGGGUUCCCCAUAAGUCUAGCUUGUCCGUACGAAAUUGGUUUUCUGUUUCGCUGUAAUAUCGCUGAAACAUCGAUCACCAUAGUUAGAAUUAUUAUUUUAUUUAAGCAAAUAUGUGAAUUUUAUUAUUUUGGUUGACUACCCACUAAAUAAUGACGAUCAGCCGUGUCGAGAUCUUUUUACAUGUUGUUAUCAUUGCUAUAUUUAAAUUGUACUGACUGUAUGUAUUUAAUCAAAAGGUGUUUGAAAGAAACACAUAGCAUUGCUUCCAA